CAGCCUGGGCUACAGAGCCAGACUCCGUCUCAAAAAAAAAAAAAAAAGUGACUUCCCAAACUCCUCCAAACAUGUCCACCCCCUGCAGUCUUGCACAUCUCAGCUGAGGGCAACCCUGUACUUCCUGGGGCUCAGCUGAACUUCUUGUCACGUGUAAAAUAUGGAAGAUAUUAUGUUGUAAGUGUGUUACUUUGUAAAAUAAAGAAAAAAUUACGCAUUUACUUAAAACAGGUGAGGAAAUACAUGGUUUCAUAAAUUCUUUUGAGGUAUGGGAGAAAGAAUGUUUGAAGACCUCUCCCUGUGUGAUCUGCCCCCUCAGGACCUCUCGGAUGUCAUCUCCUUCCCGUGUCCGCCCCGCCCCCUCUGCUGUAGCCACACAGGCCCCUUUCCUUUUCCUGGAGCCAAGGUUGCGCCUGCCUCAAGGCUUCCAUGUGGGCUGGCCCUCUGCCUGGAAUUCUCUGGCCUCUCAGCUGCAAGUGACAAGCAGCCUUUCUUCCUGAGGACUUUGUUCCGACAUCACUUUCUCUGUGGAAACCUUUGUGAUGUCCCACAGCCUCCCAUUUGACAUGGCAGCCCCACCUUCACCCCCACCUCUGGUCCAUGUUGCCUGUUCGGUGUGAUUCUUUUUGCUCCUUCAAUAUCCAGUCUGGAUCCUGGUGAGAACAAGUCCCCAGCAGAAGAGCAGAGGCAGAAGGUGGGGCUGUGCUGGGCUCGCCCCCUCAGUGCAGCUCAACCCUGGCUUCACGUUAAGAGUGCCCAGGCGUUUUGCAGAAACAUCUCCUGUACCCCCUUGACAUAUUUUCAUUUCAGUGUUUUAGAGCCCAGCCGAGUAAUAUUUACAGUUGACUCUGUUCUGUAGCCAGCUUAGUACCAAUCCCUGUCUUUUGUUUCUGAAGGCUGAGCUCAGCCUGGGAUCCUCAGAGAGGUGAGGGGGCUGUGUUCUGCGUGGGGUUUGGUCAGGGCUGGGUCUGUGCCCUAAAGGGAAGCUCAGUCCAGCCCAGCUCCCCACUGCUGCAGCAUGUGUGGGCUUCUCCAGGAGGAGAGCAGGUUCUGAAGAAAGGGGUCAGAAGCUCACUUCUUCCUGUAGGAGUUUCUUGUGCCUGUAUUCCCCCAGUGCAGUGGGGCGCAGAGGACCAUCUUUCCAUAGGGUGAGAUCUUCUGUGCGUGUGAUUGUGGCACAUGAAGGGGAAGUAUAGAUUCUCAGCCCUAAGCAGCAUAUUUUGGAUAUUCAGUAUUGACUUCUAAAGAUUCUUUUAUGUUACCCAAGGAAGAAGUCUGGAAGAAGAGGAAAGGAAAGGAGUCAGGAAUGGCCCUUACUCAGGUACGGUUGACAUUUAGGGAUGUGGCCAUAGAAUUCUCUCAGGAGGAGUGGAAAUGCCUGGACCCUGCUCAGAGGACUCUAUACAGGGAUGUGAUGUUGGAGAACUACUGGAACCUGGUUUCUCUGGGACUGUGUCAUUUUGAUAUGAAUAUUAUCUCCAUGUUGGAGGAAGGGAAAGAGCCCUGGACUGUGAAGAACUGUGUGAAAAUAGCAAGAAAACCAAGAAUGCGGGAAUGUGUCAAAGGUGUGAUCACAGAUAUCCCUCCUAAAUGUACAACCAAGGAUUUGCUACCAGAAGAGAAGAGCAGUACAGAAGCAGUAUUCCACACAGUGAUGUUGGAAAGACACGAAAGCCCUGACAUUGAAGACUUUUCCUUCAAGGAACUUCAGAAAAAUAUGCAUGACUUUGAGUGUCAAUGGAGAGAUGACACAGGAAAUUACAAGGGAGUGCUUAUGACCCAGAAAGAACGUAAAAGAGAUCAGCGCGACAAAAGAGACGUAGAAAACAAGCUUAUUAACAAUCAGCUGGGAGUAAGCUUUCAUUCGCAUCUGCCUGAACUGCAGCUAUUUCAAGGUGAAGGGAAAAUGUAUGAAUGUAAGCAAGUUGAGAAGUCUACGAACAAUGGUUCCUCAGUAUCACCACUUCAACAAAUUCCUUCUAGUGUCCAAACCCACAGGUCUAAAAAGUAUCAUGAACUUAACCAUUUUUCAUUACUCACACAAAGACGAAAAGCAAACAGUUGUGGAAAACCUUACAAGUGUAAUGAAUGUGGCAAGGCAUUCACUCAGAAUUCAAACCUUACGAGUCAUAGGAGAAUUCAUAGUGGAGAGAAGCCUUACAAAUGCAGUGAGUGUGGCAAAACCUUUACCGUUCGUUCAAAUCUAACUAUUCAUCAGGUCAUCCAUACUGGAGAGAAACCUUACAAAUGUCAUGAGUGUGGCAAGGUCUUCAGGCACAAUUCAUACCUUGCAACUCAUCGGCGAAUUCAUACUGGAGAGAAACCUUACAAGUGUAAUGAGUGUGGAAAAGCCUUUAGAGGACAUUCAAACCUAACUACCCAUCAGUUAAUUCAUACUGGAGAAAAACCGUUCAAAUGUAAUGAAUGUGGCAAGCUCUUCACUCAAAAUUCACACCUUAUUAGUCAUUGGAGAAUUCACACUGGAGAGAAACCUUACAAGUGCAAUGAGUGCGGCAAAGCCUUUAGUGUUCGUUCAAGCCUAGCAAUCCAUCAGACAAUCCACACUGGAGAAAAACCUUACAAAUGUAAUGAAUGUGGCAAAGUCUUUAGGUACAAUUCGUACCUCGGAAGGCAUCGGAGGGUUCAUACUGGUGAGAAACCUUACAAGUGUAAUGAAUGUGGCAAAGCCUUUAGUAUGCAUUCAAACCUAGCUACCCAUCAGGUCAUCCAUACUGGAACAAAACCUUUCAAAUGCAAUGAAUGCAGCAAGGUUUUCACUCAAAAUUCACAGCUUGCAAAUCAUCGAAGAAUUCAUACUGGCGAGAAACCUUACAAGUGUAAUGAGUGUGGGAAAGCCUUCAGUGUUCGUUCAAGUCUGACUACCCAUCAGGCAAUCCACUCUGGAGAGAAGCCUUACAAAUGUAUUGAAUGUGGCAAGAGCUUCACUCAAAAAUCACACCUUAGAAGUCAUCGGGGAAUUCAUUCCGGAGAGAAACCUUACAAGUGUAAUGAAUGUGGGAAAGUCUUCGCUCAGACGUCACAACUUGCAAGGCACUGGAGAGUUCAUACUGGAGAAAAACCUUACAAGUGUAAUGACUGUGGCAGAGCCUUUAGUGAUCGUUCAAGCCUAACUUUUCAUCAGGCAAUACAUACUGGAGAGAAACCUUACAAAUGUCAUGAAUGCGGCAAGGUUUUUAGGCACAAUUCAUACCUUGCAACUCAUCGGCGAAUUCAUACGGGAGAGAAACCUUACAAGUGUAAUGAGUGUGGCAAAGCCUUUAGUAUGCAUUCAAACCUAACUACCCAUAAGGUCAUCCACACUGGAGAGAAGCCUUACAAAUGUAAUGAAUGUGGCAAGGUCUUCACUCAAAAUUCACACCUUGCAAAUCAUCAAAGGACUCACACCGGAGAGAAACCUUACCGAUGCAAUGAGUGUGGGAAAGCCUUCAGUGUUCGUUCAAGCCUAACCACCCAUCAGGCAAUCCAUACUGGGAAAAAACCUUACAAAUGUAACGAAUGUGGCAAGGUCUUUACUCAAAAUGCGCACCUGGCAAAUCACCGAAGAAUUCAUACUGGAGAGAAACCUUACAGGUGUACAGAGUGUGGGAAAGCCUUUAGGGUAAGGUCAAGUCUAACUACCCAUAUGGCAAUCCACACUGGAGAAAAACGUUACAAAUGUAAUGAGUGUGGCAAGGUCUUCAGGCAGAGUUCAAAUCUUGCAAGUCAUCACAGAAUGCAUACCGGAGAGAAACCUUACAAAUGAGUGUGGUGAGGUCAUUAGGUACAAUUCACUCUUUUCACAUCAGUUAAUUCAUUCUUGACAGAAUCCUUACAAAUGCAGUGACAGUGGCUAAUCCCUCAUGGGUUGAAGCAUUAAUAGAUACGAGAGGCCAUAAGCAAGAGACAUCAUGUAAACAUGUGGCAGAGGGUUUAUCCAGGCCUCGCAGGUUACUAGGCAUCAAAAUUUAUAUCUUUGAUGAAACCAAACAAAUGUAAUAUGCAUCCUUAGGCCAUUACCCAGUGACUGACGGUAAGUGAGAAUUCCUAUGAGGAAUAACAGUCUCUGGUUUCCCUGUUUGCCUUUGAUAUUAUACACUGUAGAAUACUCACCAGUCCAAAUAUGCUAAAAAUUAUAUUUUUUAACUCAUAUAUGAAAAGAUUGCAGGAUAUUUGUAGGCAGUCAGUUACCUUCACCUUAUGAAAUGUUUUAUUGAGUUAUUUAAGGUUUUUUGGAAAGCCUACUGUUGAGUUUCAAUGUGAACUUUGAAAUCUGUUAUUGUGCAUCCUUACACACCUUCCAUGGUGGUUUCUUGGAAAGAUCAUUGGGAUGGAAGGAUCAUCGAUUGGGUGAAGAUCAUUAAUUAGGUGAAGGAUUAUUUCUAUCCAAUUUGUGAAGAAGGAGGACUUUGCUUUUAAAAUCAAGUAUUGUUGGAAUUAGCAUUUGGGAGUGGCAAAAAACAAUGUAAAACCAUGAUGUCACUCACCAUUCUGAUAAUGUUCAGGGUGCCUUUCUCCUACCAGGAGAGUACUGUGGCUUAGAAGAAAGAAAUGGUCUAUCAACUGAACAUGAAAUGGAGCAGGCCAAGACCCUAGGACAUUGGGAUUUUUGUGGGAGGAGAGUAAUAGGUAAUUAGACACUGAUUGUGUGGUAGAAAUACUGCAGGGGAAAAGGUCGCCCCCUUAUCCAUUAAAGAGCAAUACCUGUUGUUUAGCAAAGA